AUGGCGGCGGCGAUGACGACGCCAGUGGAGAAGGAGGUGGUCGUUGAUCGGGUGGUGUUCGCGUUGAACGGGCAGCGGUACGAGGUGGCCGGAGUCGACCCGUCCACGAGGCUGCUGGAGUUCAUCCGCACCCAGACGCCCUUCAAGGGCCCCAAGCUCGGCUGCGGCGAAGGCGGUUGCGGGGCUUGUGUUGUCCUUAUAGCAAAGUAUAACCCAAAGACGGAUGAAGUGACUGAAUUUACUGCAAGUUCAUGCCUGACACUUCUUUACACUAUAAAUUUCUGUUCGGUUAUCACUACUGAAGGUCUGGGGAAUAGCCAAGAUGGCUUUCAUGCUGUUCAGGAAAGGAUGUCUGGGUUUCAUGCCUCUCAGUGUGGCUUCUGCACUCCUGGAAUGUGCAUGUCUAUUUUCACUUCCCUUAUCAAUGCUGACAAAUCCAAGAGGCCUGAACCACCAAAGGGGUUCUCAAAACUUAAAGUGUCAGAAGCAAAAAAGGCUUUCUCUGGCAACUUGUGCAGAUGCACUGGUUACCGUCCAAUUGUUGAUGCCUGCAAAAGUUUUGCAUCAGAUGUUGACUUGGAGGAUUUGGGCCUUAAUAUAUUCUGGAAGAAAGGUGAUAGGAACCCAGAUGUUAGUGAAUUGCCAAGUUACACCCUUGGUGGCGGAGUCUGCACCUUCCCAGACUUUCUAAAAACUGAGCUAAAAUCUUCGCUUGAUCAUCUGAAUAAUCCUUGUAUUGCAGCCUCCAGGGAGGGUUGGUAUCAUCCGAGAAGUAUCAAAGAAUAUUAUGAGUUAAUAAAUUCUUGUCUAUUUAGUGACUCAGUCAAAGUGGUUGUUGGGAAUACUAGCAGUGGUGUACCAGGAUACAAGGAUCAAGACCUCUAUAGUAAGUAUAUUGACAUAGGAGGCAUUCCUGAACUUUCAAAUAUUGUAAGGAGGGAGUCUGGCUUUGAAAUUGGAGCAGCUACAUCAAUCUCUAGAACCAUUGAGAUACUUGAGGAAGAAUGUGAAUCUAUAUCCUCUCCAAAUGGGAGUGUGGUUUUCAGAAAACUUGCGAACCAUAUGAGCAAAGUUGCUACACCUUUCGUUCGUAACACAGCUAGUAUUGGAGGAAACAUAGUUUUGGCACAAAGAUUCCCAUUUCCAUCAGAUAUUGCAACCAUACUCCUCGGUGCUGGUGUAACUGUUUGUCUUCAGGUAGUUGCAGAACGGAGACAAAUUACUUUGGAAGAGUUCCUAGAGCAGCCUCCUAUAGAUUCUACUACUUUACUCCUGAGCAUAUUUAUUCCACACUGGAUUCCAGAUUCUGGGACAAACACAAGUUUGUUAUUUGAAACUUACAGAGCAGCGCCUCGUCCUCUUGGCAAUGCUGUUUCAUAUGUAAAUUGUGCUUUCUUGGGGCAUGCUUCUGUGGAUGAACAAUCAGAUAGUCUUGUUUUGAGUAAUCUGCGGUUGGCUUUUGGUGCAUAUGGAACAGAACAUGCUAUUAGAGCAAAGAAGGUGGAGGAAUUCCUUACUGUUUCCUAUCUCCGCUUUCUAAAGGCAUCCCAGAGCCUGGAAAGUCUCUGGCCAGUAGUUCUGCUGAUUCAGCAGAUACAGAUGAUGUCUGCAAUCUGCCAUUAUCAACGCGAUAGAGAAACAUUUUCCAGUGACGAUUAUAAACCAGUUGGUGAACCGAUUAAGAAGUAUGGUGUUGAACUUCAAGCUUCUGGGGAGGCAGUAUAUGUGGAUGAUAUUCCUGCUCCAAAGAAUUGCCUCUAUGGAGAAUUUAUUUACAGCACACAACCCCUUGCUUAUGUCAAAAGUAUAAAAUUCAAGUCUUCUUUAGCAUCAGAGAAGAUCAUCUCUUUUGUUUCUGCAAAGGAUAUUCCAAGUGGAGGACAAAAUAUUGGAUCAUCCUUCUUGUUUGGUGACGAACCACUAUUUGGUGAUCCGAUUGCUGAGUAUGCUGGUCAAGCUCUUGGCAUUGUGAUUGCAGAAACACAAAGGUAUGCUGACAUGGCAGCCAAGCAGGUUAUUAUUGAAUAUGACACAGAAGAUUUGAGCCCACCGAUCAUAACUCAUGGAGAGCAAGCAGUGGAAAAGAGUAGCUACUUUGAUGUCCCCCCAGAAUUGUAUCCUAAAGAAGUUGGUGAUGUUUCCAAGGGCAUGGCAGAAGCUGAUCACAAGAUCCCAUCAACAGAAGUAAAACUUGCCUCUGAGUACCACUUCUACAUGGAAACACAGACAGCACUAGCAGUUCCAGAUGAGGAUAAAACUUUGGUAGUCUACAGUUCGUCACAGUAUCCUGAACUUGCACAAAGUGUCAUAGCAAGGUGCCUAGGUAUUCCAUUCAGCAAUGUGCGUGUCAUUACAAGAAGGGUUGGAGGAGGCUUCGGUGGAAAGGCAUUCAGAUCAUUCCAAGUUGCAACGGCAGCUGCACUUUGUGCGUACAAGUUACGACGUCCUGUACGAAUGUACCUUAAUCGCAACACUGAUAUGGUUAUGAUUGGUGGUAGGCACCCAGUGAAAGCUCAUUAUUCUGUCGGAUUCAAUUCUGAUGGGAAAAUUACAGCCUUGCAUCUAGAUUUAUUAAUUAACGCUGGGAUAUCUCCAGAUGCAAGCCCCUAUAUACCAGGCUAUAUUAUAUCUAGUAUCAAGAAGUACAAUUGGGGUGCUCUGUCAUUUGACAUCAAGCUCUGCAAAACAAAUAAUUCAUCUAAAUCUGUAAUGCGUGCUCCUGGAGAUGCACAAGGCUCUCUAAUUGCAGAUGCUGUAAUUGAGCAUGUUGCGUCUGUCCUGUCCGUGGAUGCUAACAGCGUGAGGGAAAAGAAUUUUCACACCUAUUGUACUCUUCAGUUGUUCUACCCAGACAGUGCGGGCGAAGCUUCUACGUACACAUUGCAUUCUAUUUUUGAUAGGUUGGUCUCAACUUCAAGCUACCUGGAUCGAGCUGAAUCCAUAAAGGAAUUUAACAGUAACAACAAGUGGCGGAAACGGGGCAUCUCUUGUGUGCCCCUCAUUUUUAAUGUAGAGCCAAGGGCGGCCCCAGGAAGGGUUUCUGUGCUCAAUGAUGGCUCCAUAGUGGUGGAGGUUGGUGGAAUUGAAAUCGGGCAAGGUCUGUGGACAAAAGUACAGCAGAUGACUGCCUUUGCUCUGGGAAAAUUAUGGCCUGAUGGAGGUGAAAGUCUUCUUGAGAGAGUGCGUGUUCUACAGGCUGACACCUUGAACUUAAUACAAGGUGGACUUACUUCUAGCAGCACUUCUUCUGAAUCUAGUUGUGCAGCCACCCUUCAGGCAUGCAAUAUGCUGUUUGACAGAUUAAAGCCAGUCUUGGAUAGGCUGCAGCAGCAAUCAGAAAAUGUCUCAUGGGAUACUUUGAUUUCUCAGGCCUCUAAUGAUAAUGUUAAUUUAUCUGCAAGUGCGUACUGGGUACCUGGCCAAGUUUCUAAUAAGUACCUUAACUAUGGAGCUGGUAUAAGUGAGGUGGAGAUUGAUCUUCUUACAGGAGCCAUUACUUUAAUAAGGGGCGAUCUUGUGUAUGACUGUGGGAGGAGCUUGAACCCUGCAGUAGACUUAGGACAGAUUGAAGGUUCCUUUAUACAGGGAAUUGGUUUUUUCGUAUAUGAAGAGUAUAUUACGAACAGUGAUGGCCUGAUGAUUAGCAACAGCACAUGGGACUACAAGAUCCCAACUGUCGACAUAAUCCCAAAGCAGUUCAAUGCUGAGGUGCUGAACACUGGAUACCAUAAGAACCGUGUGCUUUCUUCAAAAGCUUCUGGUGAACCUGCCUUGGUUCUUGCCUCAUCCGUUCAUUGUGCACUGAGAGAAGCUAUCCGGGCAGCAAGAUUAGAGUUUGCAAUCAGUACUGUAUCUGGACGCUCACCGCUGGAAUUUCAGAUGGAUGUCCCUGCACCAAUGACACUGGUGAAAGAACUGUGUGGUUUAGAUAUUGUGGAGAAGUACUUAGAAUGUCUAUCUACCUGUGAACGUGCGGCUGGGGCGUAA